UGGAUUGAUAAAAAAGAGACAAAUAUAAAGUUUUCUUUUUAAUUUUAUAUACGUAUGUGCAGAUGCACAUAUAUGUUAGUAAUAAAUUGAAUAGCAUUAUCCAAUUUUAUUAGCUUUAAUUUGUAAACUUCCUUCUUCCAAGAUGAUAUAUAAACAACCUAGAACGUUAUACCUACAAACAGACACUCUCGUUGAUUUGCUUAUGGCAGACGACGAACAUUCAAUCGAUAUCUUCACAAAUUACACCCAACGAAACAGCACUAACUCGGAAAUAUUUGCCAGCUUCAUUAAGCUGUCGUUGUUUUGGCCCAGUUGCGCUGAAGGCUAGUUUAUCGAAGCAGAAAGCCAAUUUGUGUCUACUACGUAUAGAAAUCGCCACCCAAUAAUAAGUACAAGGAAUUGAAAAAACUUUUAAUUGAGAGAUACAUUCUCAGCGAAGCCUUCAGGUUGGAUAAAGUUCUGGCAGUCCAAUGCAUAGGUGAUCGAAGAGCUUUGGAGUCAGUUAUGCAUAUCAGCUGGUUCCAUAUUAAGCACAGACUUGCUUAAAAUGCUGCAAAUUAGAAAGUUACCGAAGAAUAUUAAGGAUAUAAAGGAUCUAGCAAAACCAGCAGAUGAAAUUUGGGAAUUUAUAAUCCUCGAAUCCAAUAGGAAUUUGGAUAAUGCAUUCUGCCACCUAUUUAUAUUUGGUACGACAAACAAACUGAAGUUUUUAAUCGAUAGCGGGGCAGCGAUGUCUAUCCUUCCCUCUUCAAAAUAUCACUGUCACAAGAAACGAUCCGCUUUUACAAUCGAUACAUUUGGUGCUGGUUUCCAGAAUAAAUGUGGUUUACUGGUUGAUAUUAAGCAAAAACGAUUAGUAGAUCCUUUGACUAACUCGUCCGUUGAUGCGAUAACAAUGCAAAAUUUGCAGCGUCACGCUAUCUACAUUAUUUUCCUUAGUAAAUAA